AUGGGGUCUGAAAACCCUAACCCCCACCCGAUCCGACAUAUCGCCGUCUUCGCCUUUCCAUUCGGCUCUCACGCCGGACCUCUCCUCAGCCUCGUUCGCAGCCUCUCCGUCGCCGUCGCUGUCGCCGGCGAAGUGAAGUUCUCGUUCUUGAGCACGUCGCGGUCGAACAAAACCCUGUUUUCGAGCGACGAAGGAUUCGACAAUGUGAGGCCGUACGACGUCGACGACGGCUGGCCCGAAGGCCACGCGCUGUCGGGGAACCCGGUUGAGCCGGUGGAAAUGUUCCUGAGGGCGGCGCCGGGGAACUUCAGAAAGAUUCUUGGAAAGGCGGAGCAAGAGAGGGGGAUAAAGAUCUGGUGUUUGGUCUCCGACGCAUUCUUCUGGUUCGCCGGAGAAAUCGCAGGCGAGAGAGGAGUGCCAUGGCUGCCACUGUGGACGGCAGGGCCCAGAUCACUCCUGCUUCAUCUGGAGACCGAUGAGAUCCGACGGCAUUUGGGAGAAGAUCAAGGAGGAUUAUGCAAUGACAAAACCCUAGAUUUCCUUCCCGGAUUUAAAGCCAUUCGCAUAUCAGACCUAGAAGGAGUACUAAUCACAUCGCAAGACUCGGAAUCAUCACUCGUCGUUGACAUGCUUCACAAAAUGGGACUGAAUCUUCCCAAAGCAACCGCUGUCCUCGUAAACUCCUUCCACAAAAUCGACCCCGAAAUCUCGAAUCACCUCAAAACCAAACUCAAAAAGUUGCUCAACAUCGGACCCUUUACCCUAACCAUGAAAUUAUCUCCACAGCCAAAGCCAUUCCUAGACGAAAACGGCUGCUUAGACUGGUUAUCGGAACAUGAAACCGCGUCAGUCGUUUACGUAAGCUUCGGAAGCGUGGUUACUCCGCCACCUCACGAGAUUGCAGCCCUGGCCGAGGCGCUUGAGGAAGCCGGGAUUCCUUUCCUGUGGUCGUUCAGAGGGAAACUGGAAGGAUUUCGUGAAGAAAAACUAUGCAAUAUUUCUUCUCUGAAAGGGAAGUUGGUUCCGUGGGCGCCCCAAGUGGAAGUACUAAAACAUUCCUCCGUCGGAGCUUUCGUGACGCACUGUGGUUGGAACUCGGUGUUGGAGAGCGUUGUUGGUGGCGUGCCGCUGAUUUGCCGGCCGUUUUUCGCGGAUCAGAGACUGAAUAUGAGAACGGUGGAAGCUGUGUGGGGGGUAGGAGUUGAGGUUGACGGAGGGGUGAUGACGAAAGAGGGAAUUGUGGAGGCUUUGAGAAGGGUCUUCUUGGAUAAUGAAGGGAAGGAAAUGAGGGAGAGAAUUGCGGUACUAAAGAAGCUUGCUCAUGAAGCUGUUGAUGCUGGUGGUAGUUAUAGUGAGGACUUCAAUGAUUUGGUGAAGAUUGUCACCCAGAGUGUUGGUUCAAACCACUCUUACUCUCUCACCCUGAUGUGGCUGGAAUUUCUCCCCUCAAUAGGCCGUGGGCAAGUUUGCGUUUUGUGGGGACCGGAGUUGGCUGAGCCGCCUCUUGGCGGUGAAUCUUUGUAUGCUACUGCCGGGAAGGUCGCAAACGUCAUCGCGGUCCAGUUCGUACCAUUAGAGGUGUGGGAAGUCUCUGAUUUGGAGCCAUGUUGCAAGAGGGAGGCGAGGGAGCCUUUUCCCAAAGCCGUUCUUAUCCGUCUUCGCAUAUUUCCGGCAUUGAGGGGCUCGAUCUUGUUGGGUUGA